AUGUACAUGGGACCAUCUGCUGCGAUCGCCCCAGUCCUGUUUGUGAACAUCCCAUCGCUCAUCCUCGCAGUGCGCUGGCUUCCACAUCAAAGACUGAGGGGUCCCCCAGGGGCCACGGAACACGCUCACCUACAGUACCAGGCUGCGGCGGAGCCAAAGCUGCGCAGAAUGCUAACAGCUUCUCUGGGACUCGUACCAGGCGCCGGCCGGUCGUUUGGACAUGGGUUGAAACAGGAGAGGGAGCUGCAGGCCUCAAAUCAGCGCUCAGAUGACCCCUGCGGUGUCCAGUCCUCGCUCUGUCACUUGGCCUGGACUGGCCUUAUGCGCGGCGCCCGCUCCCAUAUGGACACGGCUUUGUAA